GCGCGACCACAGUUAUCGGUGAUGACCCCCGGAUACUAGACGUGAGCAGUUGUAGCAUAAGUAUCGCCUCAUCCAUAGCAAUGUCACAGACAUCGAGUCGACCCCCGUCUGAGGCCAAUAACAGAGUCCCCACUCCAUCACCACUUCCCCCCUCUUUCUACUAUCCCUGUCCACUAAUAGCCUAUUGGUUCGCGAGUGCACCCAAACAAGAGGCUGAUAUAAUGGCCAUUUCUACCACAGCUACCGGUGCUAACCAUAGCCGAGAUGAAGACGAUGUUAGAGAUAACUCU